AGUGGUUGGGGAAUGUGGAGACAGGGAGGGGGCGGUUCCCGUUCCAUCGCGGAGCCGGAUGUUUGCCGAGCUUUGACAGGCGGGGCAAAGGGAGCAGUGGCCGAGCGCGUUUUCUCUUCAGCUUCUGCAGGGUAAGGCUGUGGGGGACAGGCUUGGCCAUGGACCCACUCUCAGAGCUGCAGGACGACAUGACCUUAGAUGAUACCAGCCAGGCUCUGAACCAGCUGAAGCUGACUUCCAUUGACGAGAAGAACUGGCCCUCGGAUGAAAUGCCAGACUUUCCCAAGUCAGAUGAUUCCAAAUGCAGCUCCCCAGAACUUGUCACACACCUGCAGUGGGAUGACCCUUACUAUGACAUCGCCCGGCACCAGAUUGUGGAGGUGGCAGGAGAUGACAAGUAUGGGCGGAAGAUCAUUGUAUUUAGUGCCUGUCGAAUGCCCCCUAGCCACCAGCUGGACCACAGCAAGCUCCUGGGGUACCUGAAGCACACCCUGGAUCAAUACGUGGAGAGUGACUACACGCUGCUCUACCUGCACCACGGCCUGACCAGUGACAACAAACCCUCGCUCAGCUGGCUCCGGGAUGCCUACCGGGAGUUUGACCGCAAGUACAAGAAGAACAUCAAGGCCCUGUACAUCGUGCACCCCACCAUGUUCAUCAAGACCUUGCUUAUCCUCUUCAAACCCCUCAUCAGCUUCAAGUUUGGGCGGAAGAUCUUCUAUGUGAAUUACCUGAGUGAGCUGAGCGAGCAUGUGAAGCUGGAGCAACUGGGGAUCCCUCGCCAAGUGCUCAAGUAUGAUGACUUCCUCAAAUCCACACAGAAGAGCCCAGCGACAGCCCCCAAGCCCAUGCCACCACGGCCGCCUCUGCCCAACCAGCAGUUUGGGGUCUCAUUGCAGCACCUCCAGGAGAAGAACCCAGAGCAGGAGCCCAUUCCACUUGUGCUCCGGGAGACCGUCGCCUACUUACAGGCCCAUGCUCUCACCACCGAGGGGAUUUUCCGGAGGUCAGCCAACACCCAGAUUGUGCGGGAAGUGCAGCAGAAGUACAAUGUGGGGCUGCCUGUGGACUUCAACCAGUACAAUGAGCUGCACCUGCCAGCCGUCAUCCUCAAGACCUUCCUCCGGGAGCUUCCCGAGCCCUUGCUCACUUUUGACCUCUACCCCCACGUCGUGGGCUUCCUCAACAUUGAUGAGAGUCAGAGAGUGGAGGUGACGCUGCAGGUCCUCCAGACGUUGCCUGAGGAGAACUACCAGGUGCUUCGUUUCCUGAUUGCCUUCCUGGUCCAGAUUUCUGCCCACAGUGACCAGAACAAGAUGACCAACACUAACCUGGCUGUGGUCUUCGGCCCUAACCUGCUGUGGGCCAAGGAUGCUGCCAUCACCCUCAAGGCCAUUAAUCCCAUCAAUACUUUCACCAAGUUCCUGCUGGAUCAUCAGGGGGAGUUGUUUCUUAGCCCUGACUCCAAGCAGCUGUGAGCCCAGCCUCCACCCCACCAGCCCUAUUUUCUGACACCCCAGUUUGGACUCUUCUUGGACUCCUGCCCAGGAAGGGGCAGUGAAGCCGCCCGGGACAUAGAAGCUGGAGCUAGCAGACCUGGCAGCUCCUCCUCCUCUCUGUCCAGCCCACCUCAUGGCCCUGGAGGCCUUGCUAUUACCACAGACAUUUUUCUUCUUCGCCUUAUACUUCUCACUGCCUCCUGGAGCCCUGGCUCCUGCUGGGCUCUCCAGAAGAGCUGGGCUCAGCUCCUCCAGCUGGAGAAGGACUGAAUCCCAGCAGCCCUUUUCAUGCUUUCUCCUGCCCUGUUUCCCUGGCAACUGUGGAUGAUCAAGUCACUGCCAGCUGGGCUGGUAGCUGGGGCUGGCCCUCUCCUUCUGGAUUGCUGGGGAAUGGAAGGCUGAGCUCCUAGGCUUGGGCCUAGCUAGGCUGAGGCUCUUUCCUGCCUGGGUCUCUUGCCCUGACCAUCAAAAUUCCCACAGCGAGAAGGCCUGGAAGCAAACACCUUGCUCAUGUCCUCCCCUCUGCAGGCUCAGCCUUUGGUAUUUCCACAGCCAAGGAGUGACAGGGCUGGAGUCUGCUUCCUAUUUCUGCCUCCUUCCACACAUCCUAGGUCAGCCUUCUUCAAGUUGUACUGCCCCAGGGAGUCCCAACGCCCUGGUUCUGCCAGGACUGGCAGCUUGGGCGACAGGGCUCAGAGGGAGGCCCAGCCAGUCCCAGCUUCCAUUCUAAAUACAUAUAGACACCCCACUCCCAUCGCGAGCAGCUUCAGGUCCAAUCAGUGACAAGCUUCCUUCCACUUGGAUGGGUCCUCACCUACAGGCUCUGUGAACCUGUCUGUUGUGGAGUCAGACUGGUCCUUGCUCUGGCCAGAGGUGACAGAAUGCCUCAGGGUCUGUGGGGAGCCUCCAUCCAGCUGAGGGGUUCCUGGAGGGGGCUAGAGUGGAGGCUUGGAGUGCCUAUGGAGAGGUGGAGGAGACUCUGCUCAUAGAUCAGCUCCUGCCAGGUGAACUCUAGCAACCUCCCCCAGAGAGCAUGGGGCCCCAGGACCCUCCUGUCUUUCAUAAAACCUGGACCUCAAUCAUGAUUAAUAGCCCUCAUUCUAGCUGUGUCCCUUAGUAUUACACUCCUCCCUGGUGAACUCUGAGGACCCUUGUCCCUGGUAGCAAGGAAAUACCUGCACAGUGGCCCUGCCCACACAUCCUUGGCCAGGCAGGGCAGCUCUAGAUGCUACCCCAUGGGGGUCCUCUGAGCAGCCCAGCCCCAUCUGCAAGCCAGGUGACUGGUGUAUCAGGACUCCCAGGGCCUGGGAGCUGCUGCUGGUUGUGUCUCUGUGGCUGGACUGCUUUCUGCCUUGCUUUGUAUAUUGAGUGUUGCUUACAGCCCCAUUGAUGGGGAGCCUUUUGGAUCUCUUUGGUCUUUCUCCUGUCCCAUUCCCCACGGUCCAUACCUGGGGGCGCUUGUACUGUGGACCAAGUGUUCACAUUCAUACUUAAUGACCUCCUGGGCACCAAUCAUGUAUUUCACCAUUUGUACUUUUUGUAUUUCAAUAAAAAUGGAGAUGGAAAACUGCCCAUCUGGCUGGAGUUAAGUGGGUCAUGGAGGUUCAGAGCCAGAUGGCAAUUGUGUGGUUGAGGAGAGAGCAGAUGAGGCCUCAGGAGGAACCCACCCCAUUCUUGUUCACUUGUAACUGGGUAUGAGCUCAGCUUUCUGACAUCUUCCAGGCUUCAAGUGUGAACAGUCACGUUUCAUUGUUUUGCACUUGGUGCAUUCCAACUGACUGCAUGUGCUGUAUCUUAUGGUCAACGUGUCUUCUGCCCCCAGCUGGAAGGUACCAGAUGUUUAUUUAUCUAAGGCAGGCAAGGGAGAGAGAAACAGAGUGGUCUGUGGUGGACAAUGGUACAGGUUUUGGAGCUGGACUAGGGUUUGACUCCUAGUUCCGUCACCAGCUCCAUCUGGUAAUAAUGAUAUCAUUGGCCCCCCUCUGAGACCAUUUCCUCAUCUGAAAUUGGUUCCUGAGAAUGAGAAUUAUGUAAGUACACGACGCAGAGUGAGUGCUCAGUGGUAACCAGAAUGACCAUCAUUUCACAGAUGAAGUGAUAGCCCCGGCCUCAGUCAGAAUUGGAACCUUCAUCUCCUGCCCCUCAGCCUGAGGGGCCAGGCUGUCUACACCUGCCACUUAGUUGCAUGGAAGCUAUGAAAGACCCAACUUUCCUUUCUUCUUUUGAGCAAGUUUUGCUUUACUUUAAAAAUGGUUUGUCACUGGGCAGGCAGGAGGAUAAAAUUUCACAAUAUAUAUUUAACUUGGCCCACAGCCCAAGUUCCAGCUGUUGCUGCUUGCGUGCUAACUGCAGUUAGUAGGCUGUGGUGGCCUCAGUUGGGUCUGUAGGUUUUUCCCUCAGUGUUGGUCUGUGUGGGGGGAGCGAGCCAGCGCUGCAGAUCAGGCAGUGUUGCUAACAUGGUGGUUAUAAACACUGGCACUGCGCUCCAGGAAACCAGUCCCAUUGCACAACUGUGGCCUUCAUCCAGGUGGCUCAAGGAAGAAGGCAAUGGUGGCCUCCUCUCUCACUGGCCCUGCUCAGCUCUAAGCUGGGUGACUGAAACAGAGACAGUGACCCAGAGAAACAAGCAAGAGAGAUGGGAGGGGGAGGCAGGGAGAGCAGUUUCCUUGGGCUAGGCUCCUGACAGGGCCCUGCCGAGACUCCACUGCCAGUGAUUUACCACUGCCUGAGAACUGCAGGUCCCGGGGGUAGGAGAGUAGGGA